CUGAUAAUCGUCAUUGCUGCUAAUUGUAACUUCAAGUUGCCUCAAGUGAAUCCGCUGGAAGAAAUGGCACGAAUGAAUCGCCCAGGGGCCGUGGAAGUUACCUACAAGCACAUGCGCUUCCUCAUCACCCAUAAUCCGACCAAUGUCACCCUCAACAAGUUCAUCGAAGAACUUAAGAAAUAUAAUGUGACCACUGUGGUGAGAGUUUGUGAAGUGACCUAUGACAAGAGCCCUGUGGAACAGCAAGGCAUCAGUGUCUUUGACUGGUCUUUUGACGAUGGGGCACCACCAUCGAACAAGAUUGUUGAUGAUUGGCUGAACCUGUGCAAGACCAAGUUCCGUGACGAGCCUGACUGUUGCAUUGGUGUUCACUGCGUUGCUGGCCUUGGGAGGGCUCCUGUGCUCGUGGCCCUUGCCCUCAUCGAGAGUGGGAUGAAGUAUGAGGAUGCGGUGCAGUUCAUCAGACAGAAACGCCGCGGAGCCAUUAACAGCAAGCAGCUGAUCUAUCUGGAGAAGUACCGACCCAAGAUGAAACUGCGCUUCAAGGAAACAAAUGGCCACAAGAACAACUGCUGCAUCCAGUAAAACGAAGCCUCUUGGCCGAGGGACCUGUUUUGGAUGAAGAGAAACCAAUUCCGCGCAUCUUUUACUCGGGGACAGGUUAACUUGGACUGCUUAGGACCACCUAUUCCACCGCUGGCACCAUGAGCCCCCCCCCCCACGCUCAAUGCCGAAGUUUCCAACACACACUCUGGUUGUUAUGGAGGCUGAGAAUGGGAAGGAGUAUUUUCCAUCUCGUUCUCCCAGUGGCUUCGCUCGGGGGUUGUUAGUGGUGGCUUAAGCUCACCGUCAAAUGGCCUUUUCUUUUUUCCUCCACCCCCCCAAUCGAUGUCGGUGGUCCGUUUUACUUGUCGGUUUGCAAGUUGAUAAUUACAUUUUAACUGAAUACCAAACAGUCCGAAUGCGAUUUAAGCCAAUUGCUUGGUAUAGCCCACAUAAUUGUGUUUGAUUAAAUACCUACACAAUUAACUUGACAUUCAGAUUUCGAUACCUCAUAUUCCACAUCAAAUGAAGCCCUUGGUGUUAACCUGUCCCUUGAGUGCAAUUGAACUGAUUUGUUUUACACGUAGACUGUCCAGCUGAAGAAAUCCUGUGAUUAAUAUUGAUUUCGUCGCCAAUAUGUAUUCGUUUAGAUAUCACCAAUGAAUGCGUUUUUCGGUCUCCAUAGCGGUGUGCUUGGCCCAUCUGGGAUUGUGGCCAAUAGCAAUUUACGCUCUAAAUUAUCUGCAUGCCGCAGACAUUGAUGGCUAGUUAUGGGGAUUCUAUAGCCCCGCUCCAAAAUGUUCCAGGGUAUUUUCAGCUGGGAAAUCCAAGGGGAGUUUUCAUUUCCACAGUUUAUUGCAAACGAAAUCAAAGCUGUAGACUUGAAAGCACAUUGUUUCAGUAAAUUUUUAUUGCCUUAACCUCCUUUGCUCUUCGCCUGUGAAUAACAUAAGCAGAUGUGGGGAACGAAAUAGAACUCCCCAUGGCUGAGGCAUGGGGGUCUGUGAUUCAAAAAUGCACAUUUAAAGCUAUGCUAACCAUUUACUUGCAUUAAUUUAUUUAACGUUACCUUAAUUAAUCAGAGUGGUUAUAUAUAUUGGCUUUUAAAUGUGCAUCAAAGCGAACACUUUUAGUUGAUUUUAGGCUAUAUGUAGCUUACGCCAUCUAGCUUUGAUAAUACAGUGGUUUCUGCCAUUGUGGCUUAAAGCUUCUCUUUAUGGCAUGCAAGUGUGUGCUGAGAGUCCAUUAUGGUUUGAUUCACGGUUUAAAAUGUCACGCGUGGGUCUUUGUCUAUUGCUUGCGUUGCAUAAGACCAUGUGACUGGCAGAGAUAGGAAAUGCACACGUCACAUGCACCGAGGGAAUGGUGCAUUUCUGUGUGUCUGCUGAAAGAAAGGUUUUCUUUUGGUCGUACUUCAUAGUGCCAUUGUUUCAUCUUGGUAUGGUUGUGUCAAUGAUUUUUGCAGUAAUGAUUUUGGACAUGAAACAAACGGCCUUAGAUACUAAGCAAAACCUUGGCCACUGCAAUCUCUACAAUUAUAACUAUAAACUACAAAUAUGGCCUCUGUUACUUCAGCCAAGUGUAGAAACUGGUUUCAUAGCAGUGCGUAUGAAGCGGGAAUGUUCGAUUUAAUUUUGCGCAUGGGGCAUAUGAGUACUGAACAGCUAUGAAACUAAGUGCAGAAGAUCAUAUUUAAAUACGAACAAUAUCGGAGAGAAUUACGUUUGAUAUGUCCUACACAAUGGGAUUCAUUUUUUUUAACCGAUUUUUUUAAAUUUACAAAAUGAUGCGAAACAUUAUUUUCUGCUGCGUUGCCAGUGGUGCACAAAGCAUCAAUAACAAACAACAAAAAGACAACACUUUCGUCCAUAACACUGCCUUUAAGGGGAAAAUAUAUAGCAGGCAACGUUUCGGGCAAUGGGUCUUCUCAUAUACUCUGAAGGGCCAUUGCCUGAAAUGUGACCUAUGUUAUACAUACAUUCCUCCCGAAACAGUGUUAUUGAUGAAUGUGUUGUAGUGUUGUGAUGCUGAAGUCUAUUUUUGGGCAAAAACUACAUCUCUGGCAGUUCAAACACUGAAGAUGUUCAAACUUUUUCCCGCCACCAAAUAACUUAUUUUGGAUUAUAAGUAAUGUUUUUAUUUAAGACACCAGCAUGAUAAAUCUAGGCCGCUUAAGUUCAGUUUUAGCCUUUUUGUAUGUUGAUGCGGGAAACGGAUGCAAAUAUGCUGCUUCCUCUUGUCUGCCGUCUCAACCCAUGUAAGAGUACGAACCGGUUAUCAGCAAGCGUACAGCUUUAAUGUAACUAUGCGGUGGAGAAGCCAGCCGUUUGGGGCUGUACCCGGUUCUGAUGUAUUCAGAAUUUGUUUUUGAACUUUUUUCUUGUUAACAGCGUUGGAAGUGUCACAGUCAAACAAAAAAAUAUUUCUGUAUACGGAUUACUCAUUGUCACGGGUCGUGUGCAGGUAACCCCUUGUUUGGUAUAAUUAAACAUUUGAUUGCUUGAAUACCUAAUGCAACGUAUUCACCUAAUUAGAUCUAUUUGACUAAGGAAGCAAAGUCACUAAGUCCUCGGUUUUGUUGUAUGAUAUGUUUACAUUUGAUGUCAGUCGUUGCUUAAAACCAAGCUGCUGACACAAUCAUUUCCCCGAUAUUGCAUUUUAAGCCCUUUUUCAAAUGCUUUACAAUGAAAGCAAUCAAGAGUAAAUAAUCCACUGGUGCAUGUUGAGCGAAUUAUUUUCACCGCUGAAAAUUGAGUGAUAGGGGAUUACCCGCUUGGGUUAGGGUUAACACGAACCCGACGCCUUUUAUUAAUCUAAGUACAGUAACAUUUAACUUGUGAGUGACCCUUCAACACUGGCUGUCAACAGAUUGUACUUUUUGUUUGUGGCCACUUAGCAUGCGUUUUAAGAAAUGUCUAUCGCUGAACACACGAGGUACUUGCCCCCAUUUUUAAUACAUAACAGUUGCUGUGAUCACGAUGCCGUGAGCACUCUUGUGCAAGUUGAAACCUCGAUAUGGUACUGCAGACCAAUUUCAGCAACCCCCACAGACAAUCGUCUUGAGGUGGCAAAGCCUUAUUAAUUAAUGUUACUGCGCUGUGAGGUAGCGUUUUGAGUACCGUAGCAGUAAUACAGUGGGUAGGUGUGGUUCAGUUUUUUCGUCAUUGUGUAUUCCUAAGCAAAAAGGGUUGUUUAAUGUCUGAAAUGGUUGUGCACCUGAAUUUAAUAGGGGGUCAUGGUUUAAAGUAACUUAGUGUAUGCCUGCUUUAUAACAAAUUGUUUUGUAACUAGACUAUUACUUUGACGUUUUGAUGCAACAGUGUUUCUGUAUUUUAUUACGUAUUUUUGGUAAUAAGUAAAUAAUACAAGUGUACCUUCUUUGUCAUUGCAGGUAAAAAAAAAUAUUUUGUACAAGAACUUAAUAACUUUAAGGCAGUGCUUUUCUAAUCAGCCAAACUUUUUUUGCCGACGGACCUGCAGCCUUACACUGUUUAGAAACCAAAAUGUUUUUGAGUGAAAAUGAACUGGGAAUGGUUUUGAGCGGCACAUACUUCCAGUUCUGUCUACAUUCGAACGACAUUGUUGAGUGCAACUCUGGUCUGUGUCCUUAAAGUUGUCGGCUUUUCCCAUUUUAAGAACAAUGUGAGUGGCAACUGCGCUAUCAGAAUAAGUGUCAGAAUUCAUCUGUAACAGGUCAACAAGCCUGUGAAAUACAAUAAAUGUUUUAAAUAUCAA